AUGAGUGCUCGGUGUCUUUUGGUUGCUCUGUUUUGCUUCUCCGCUGCUGUAGCUUAUGGACCCGCUAUGAUAUUGUCCCAUGUUGAGUCAGCGGAUGAAGUAUAUAUUAAUAGAAUAAUUGACUAUUCUGAUUUGGAGCCACUUAUUCCUAUUGAGGAAAUGAACCUUCUAUUUGUAGAUGUAAACAUUACCGAUGCUCUGUCUGUAAAGGAAAUCCAGCCUUUUGUACAGAAAUUCGAAAGCAGAAUCAUCGCGCCGCAUUUCGAAGGCGAGUUGAAUGCUACCGACAUUAUGCACCUGGAUUCCGUAGAAGGUUGGCUUUUUUAUAUUCUCUUGUUCCUAACACGCAGAUCUCCUCUCUCUGGAAACCGGCAAUAGCACCGUGAUUCUUCAUUGUACGCCCAUUGAACCGGAAGAGCCCAUUGUGUACGCCACCCUCACAAACGGCGUCCCAAUGACUCCCAUCAUCCUCUUUGCGCUGCUGACGAUCUUCACUCUGGGCUACGGCCUCUACUCGGCGAUCAUGUGCAUCGAUCAAAUCCAGACGCCUACAAGUUACACGGACAAAGUCUUGGCCGUGGGUAAGGAAUAUUAA